AUGCUUUCUCUACGCAUCGCCUUUCUACACCUAGUCGCGUUCUCAGCCAUAACAACUACAAAUGCCGCACCCGAAGCGACCGCCACCAACACAGUCAAUCUUCGCAUCGAGGCAAAUACCUCCACCCUCUACGAAGGUCCCAUAACGUCGGGCCCACGCAACAUCACCGUCGGUAGUGGGAACAACAAGGUCACCUUCAUCUGUGACGGCGCCGGAGCGAUGCCUAGUCCACCACCACCCGGUAACACCCCCACCGACGCCCUCGACGCAGCCGCAAAAGCCCGCGGCUUCACCUACGAUGGUGGCUUCGACGGCGAGUUCAACGAUUUCUAUUUCACGAGGAUCGGGACCUCGACGGAAUAUGACAAUGGCACAUACUUCCAAUCCUGGGGCUCCCUGGUUAACUACCAGGUCAGCAAAUUCGGAGAGGGACUGACCCUGAGUGGGUGCCAGCAGCUGGUGAAGGCAGGAGAUGAAGUCCUAUGGGCUUUUAUCACGGUAAAGGGCACAGAUAGUAGCAAUACGGACCCCAGCGUGUUGUUCUUGAAGUUGGCGCCGACGGCGGUGACGGUCAAGAAAGGGAAAGGGACCACGGUGACGGUGACAGAUGGGAGAAGUGGGGUUGUUGUGCAGAAUGCGAGUGUUGCGGGGGUCAAGACGGAUGCCAACGGGAAGGCUACACUCUACUUUUUCGAGACAGGGUUCUUCCAGUAUAAGGCUCAUAAGACGGGCGAUGUUCGGUCUAAUGUGAUGAAUGUUACUGUGACGGACUGA